UCAAAGAACAGUGCUUUCUGCAGGUGUUACAAAACAACAGUCGUCCACUAUUAUCACAAGUACCCUGCAAGGAAUUCCGUUUCAAAAAGUGAGACCGAUUAUAAGGAAGUAAAACCAUUUGCCUUUGAGACUGAUAUUAGCCAUUUAAUUGAAGGUGACAAAGGUAUUAAGCAACAAUCUACAGUAUCGGCUGGAUUGUGUUUAUCAAAAUCAAUAGAAGUCGACGGAGGUAACGGUCAUGGAAGAGUGUCUGCGUCAGUACAAAAUAUAAUUUCUCCUUCGACAGCCGAUUUGAACAUGAAAAUAGCAAGUGUAAAGAAAGUUUGGGAAAUGCCCACUGUACCAGAACAAACAGGAUCGGGAACAGUAAAUAGUGGCGGCGGAGGUAGUGCUACAUGCAACGUCAAUAUGGCAAAUGAACAUUCAGUUAGUGGUAGUGGAAAUGUUCCUAGUGGAAAUAAUGUUCAUUUAAAAUCAAAUUUCGUAAGGACACAACAUACAUCCCAUCAACCACAGUAUCAACAUUCCCAUGCUGGAACUGCUGGUCAUCACUCUCACCAAGCGCAUGGUACCCAUUCUUCUUAUGGAGCAGCAUUUGGAUCAGAAUCAGAUUCCUUAGUGGAACAUUUUAAUAGCUCCAAUAAUGUUUGCAAUAUUCCCAAUCCCACGGGAUCGAACAAUGGAUGCGACAUUAAUACUGGAAUUACUCUCAACAACGAAUGUAAUGACCCUUCUAAUCAGGGAUAUGGUCUGAGUCAUCAUCACUCUCAACAACAGCCGACAAAGGUUCAUCAACAGACACAUCAACUGCAACAGCAACAUCCCCACCAACAGCAAGAUCUACAUCAUCAACGACAGGCACACAAUAUGCAAGAAUCAGCUCAAUCGACUACGCAACAACAUACGCAACAGCCACAGAAACAAUUACAGCAUCCAUCACAACACUCAUUGCAACAUCAUUCGCAACAACUUCAACGUCAGCAGCAACAACAUAAGGAGCAAAGUCAACACAUUCAACAAUUGCAACAAAUGCAUCAACAAUCGCAACAGCAACAUAAACCACAAACGCAGUCGCAAUCACAAUCGCAUCCUCCGACGCAACCGCCUUCGCAAUCGCUGCCACAAUCACAAGCACAAACUUCUCAAUCACAAUUAAAGGUGCAGCACUCACCGCAACAGCAAUCGCAACAGCUGUCGCAACAAAUACCCCAACAACUUUCACAGUCUCAGUCACAACAUUCACAUUCGCAUCAGCAGCACCAACCUCAUAAACAAUCACAAAUUCAACAGCAGUUGCAACAGCAUCCUGCGCAACAACUUCCGCAACAAUUGCAGCAAACACAUCAUCAGCAAACACUACAAUUACAACAUCAGCAACAGACACAACAGACACAACAUGUUUCCUCUGUUAAUGUUCAACAGCAUCAAGCUGCAGUGGCCGUUACUAUGGGUCUGAACAAACACCCAGUGGCAGAUGUAUUGGCAGCGGCAGUCGCUGCGAAUAAUGUUAAUGUGUGCAAGGUUAAACCCACGCAACAAAGCAGUGCUGGUGGUAUGCAUCAAUCUAAUAGUAUGGGUUUGUCACCCCCCCCACAAAUGCAAAGCGGAUCAAUUCCUUCUGCUCCACAACCGUUCUACCCGGCACAGUACGGCGUAUCUGCUGUUCCAUCACCUCCUGCUGUGUUAUAUAAUUCAGCUGCUGCUGCUGCCGCCAUGAAUUCUCAAGGUGGAUUAUACAACGCAUUCCAAAUCGAACCAAGUGGUCGUUCACAAUUUUCACAGUUUCCUGGACACUAUGGAACAUCAGGUACAACUGGAGGGCCAUAUAAUACAUAUAUGACUCCGACCGCGACAAAUAUGCAAACGGGACCUACACCUGAGAUGUUCCAAAGCCUUUCAUCUCAGUUUCGCAUGGGUUCAGUCCAAUCUCCGUACAACCAAACAACUCAAAUGGGAAACCCAAAUACCAUGCUGAUAUCAUCAAAUAAUACUUCGUUAAUGUCCUCAUCAGUAAAAACUUCCACGCAACAGAUAGGUGCUAUUGGACAACCUAAACCUAAUGGCGGUGGAUCGGUUAAUCAACCACCGUUUGGACAGCAGUAUCUUAACAUGUUUCCGCCUGCUCCAUUGCAAAACACGGCAGCUAACUACUAUUCAAAUUCGGGUGGGGGACAAAACGCUUUUUUCGGCGCAGCAAGUGCUACAGGUGCUGCAACGCAGAGUGCGUACGGUAUACCACCAGCAGCAGUAGCUGCGUCUAACAUGUUUGGUGGUCAUGGUGGGCAAAAUCCUUCAAACACUUCCCAACCUCCGCCACCUCAGCAACAGAUGCCCAACUACUCUUCCCAAUUUUUAAAUUCGCCGCUUUUAGCUGCUACUAAUCCAACAUUGGGACAACAACAAUAUCGAGGAGCGCCAAACAAUGCUUCUCAACAUUCUGGAGCUAAUUCCUCUAGUUACAUAAAAUCAAACCAAUCUCCACAAUCAUCCCACAUUCAGCAACAACAGCAAGCACAACAGCAACAGGAUACAGUGAGUUAUUAUUCAUUCUAUCACAAAUAGGCUUUGAGUAUGCCUGCGUUUUAGUGUAACGCAUAACAUUAAUGGUCAUGUAUAGAGAAUAGGGUAUUAAGAACAAACUGAGAAUAAGUUGUUGGAAGAUGAAGCUCAUUAUAGUUGCUUCACAAUAAUUAUAUUUUUCGUCGCGUACAAUCUCAGUCUAUGGUUUUCAUUUAUUCAGCCUAUAGUUUAGUUUUUCAUAACAAUCUGCAUGUUCGUCUGGCUUGCGCAAAAUAAAAUAGGAAGUUUAUAAAAUCAUUUGUUCCCUUCAAUUGUCAUUUUAUGUUUUAUUUAAUCGCAAAAAAAUGGUUUACAAAUAUUUAAAUAAAAUGUGUGUAAAAACAUUUACUUACCUCAAGGUCCUAGUCUGUCAACUUUUCCCGAAAUUGGAUUGCUACCAUACACCAUACAUUUUACCAUACAAACAAAAAAACAAACAAACAAACAAACAAA